AUGUCCCUCUCCGCACCGCAGCAAAGGCGGCCUCUCAGUGGAGGCCGCGAAUCGCCCCCCAGAGAGUCGGACGCAGACACAAAGCUCCGGCUUCGUGACCAGUCUCAACCGGGGGUUGCGUUUGGCGGGCGCCGUGGCGCCCGGGCCGGCGCAAUGCUCGGUCUGCGCAGGCGCGAGUGGAUCAUCCUCGGCGCAGUUUGUGUCGUGGCUAGCUUUGUGCGGCUUUGGAACCUCGCGCACCCGAGCUCUGUAGUCUUUGACGAAGUCCACUUUGGCGGCUUUGCUGCAAAGUACAUUCGCCGCCGCUACUUUAUGGACGUCCACCCGCCGCUGGCAAAGCUCCUAGUCACUCUGUCCAGCUGGAUCGGAGGCUUCGACGGCCAGUUCGACUUCAAGGAUAUUGGCAAGGACUACCUCGAGCCCAAGGUCCCGUACAUGGUUAUGCGCUCGUUCCCGGCCCUCUUUGGCCUCGCUCUUGUCCCACUCACGUUCCUUACGCUUAUUUCCCUCCGCCUGUCGCUCGCAACCGCGAUCCUCGGCGCGUUCCUCGUGACAUUCGAGAACGCGCUCAUCACCCAGUCGCGCCUUAUUCUCCUCGACUCGUACCUCAUAUUCUUCACCGCGCUCACCAUCUUCUUCUGGGUGCGCUUCUCAAACGACGACUCGGAGGGCCGCGCAUUCACGCGCUCGUGGUGGCGCAACCUCGCGCUCUCGGGCGCGGCACUCGGUGCUGUCGCGAGCUGCAAGUGGGUCGGACUGUUCACGAUUGCGACCGUCGGCCUUGGCACAAUCCGCCAGUUAUGGCUCCUCCUCGGUAAUCUCAAGGUUACGCCGCGCAUGUGGGCUCGUCACUUUGCCGCGCGCACCCUGUGCCUCAUCAUCCUCCCCAUCUCGAUCUACAUGUUCACGUUCAUGAUCCACUUCUGGAUCCUCGACCAGUCGGGCGACGGUGACGGGUUCAUGAGCUCCGAGUUCCAGCACACGCUCGACGGGCACGGCAUGGAAGACACGUUUGCCGAUGUCGGGUUCGGCUCGCUGGUGACUAUCCGGCACGUCAACACGCAGGGCGGGUACCUCCACUCGCACGCGCACGCAUACCCCGGUGGCUCGCAGCAGCAACAAAUCACGCUGUAUCCCCACAAGGACGAGAACAACGUCUGGCGCAUCGUCAACGCUUCGGAGCCCAACGGGCCAGUGAGCUACGACUGGGACCAGCUGCCGCUCGAGUACGUGCUGUCUGGUAGCAAGAUCCGCCUUGAGCACGCCCAGUCCGACAAACGCCUUCACUCACACGACGUGCGCCCGCCCAUUUCCGAGGUCGAGUUCCAGAAUGAGGUCUCGGGCUACGGCUUCCCUGGCUUCGCGGGCGACGCAAACGAUGACUUUGUCGUUGAGAUUGCCAAGGAGACGCGCGGCAAGGACCGCCAGGCGCGCCACCGCCUCCGCACGCUCCGCACCCACUUCCGCCUCCGCCACGCCAUGACCGGCUGCUACCUCUUCUCGCACAAGGUCAAGCUCCCAGAGUGGGGCUUUGAGCAGCAGGAGGUGACGUGCAACAAGAACCCGACGUGGGAAAACUCGUUGUGGUACAUCGAGACGAACGUGCACCCGCAGCUGGGCCCCGCCGCCGAGAGGGUCAACUACGUCAAGCCCGGAUUCGUGAGCAAGUUCCUCGAGCUCCAGGGCGUCAUGUGGCGCACCAACGCCGGCCUCACCGACCGCCACGCGUAUGACUCGCGGCCGCACCACUGGCCCUGGCUGCGCCGCGGCAUCAACUUCUGGGUCAAGGACCACCGCCAGGUCUAUCUCGUUGGCAACCCGGUCAUCUGGUGGAGCUCGACUGUCGCUAUUGGCCUCUACCUCGCCUUCCGCGGGUUGCUGAUCCUCCGCGCCAAGCGUGGCUACCGCGACCUCUACCACGCCAAGACUGCCUUUUAUGACGAGGUGUGCAGCUUCCUGGUCAUGGGCUGGGCACUGCACUACCUGCCCUUCUUCCUCAUGCAGCGCCAGCUCUUCCUGCACCACUACCUACCGGCACUGUGGUUUGCGAUUCUCGUAUUCUGUGCCGUGUUCGACUACUUUACCUCGCGUAUCCGCCCGCGUGUACGCUUCCAGCUCGCGAUUGUUGUCAUUGUCCUCGCGCUCUGGUCGUGGCACUACUUCUCGCCGCUCGCGUACGCCAAGCCCUGGACCAAGCGCAAGUGCGAGGACGCCAAGUGGCUCAAGACCUGGGACUUUAGCUGCUCCGACUUCCGUGACCAGAUGCACCAGUACUACGACCAGAGCGCAGUGCACAAGCCCUUGCACUCGGUCUACCUCGACCAGGACUCGCACACAACUCUGCUCGAGGAGGCACCCGAGCCGAUCAAGAACGUCUUUGACGCGGGUGAUGCUGCUGCGCAGGAGGAGAAGACGAUUGGCAUGGCCGGCCCAAACAACGACGUCAAGAUGUUGCAGAGCACCGCUGCGGCGGGCGCCGUCCCCAACGGGGGCGAGCAGCAGGCGCAGGGCGACGUGCGCGUGCCGGUCGGCAUUGACGCUGGCGCCCUCGAGGUCACGGACAAGGCGCACGACGAGGGCGGCUGGCACGGCGGCGCCAACGAGGGCGCGCCCAAGGAGACGGAGGAGGCCCAGGCGUCUGCUCCCGUCGGUGUCAAGGUCGACGUGCCGGAGAUGGACCUUGACGCCGACGCUAAGCGGUUGGCCGACGAGGCUUUGCAGGCGGCCGAGUAG